CUAAAAGGAACUAAAAUGAUGAAGCUGUACAUUGACGAAUCACCAGACAAAUUCAAAGGAGAGUGCUUAUUUUUUGUACGCGCUCGGAAUGAUGUUGCUGUGAAUGUGAAAUCUAUGCAUGAGGAUACCUACUUCUCAGUACUGGAUGGGAGUGAAGGUCUUCUCCUUGGGAUCAGGAAUGUUAUCUCACGUGUAUUUUUACCAGCUAUCCUUGCAACUAGUAAUUGGGGUGCUUUAAAUCAAACCAAGCAGGGAGAACAUGAAAAACAGAGCUUUACUGAAACUCUUAACAGAUACCUUUCAUUUUUGGAUGGUGCUAGAGUAAGCAUUGAGGGGACUGUAGAGUUGAGAAAAAUAGAUUACAUUGACUUUUCUAAACUCCAUUCUUUCGAGGAAGUGACAGCAGCAGCUGCUAAUCCUGAUACCGUUCAUCAGUUAGAGGAUGUGCUUAUGAUCUGGUAUAAGCAAAUUGAACAAGUUUUGAUUGAGAGUGAGCAAAUAAGAAAAGAAGCUGAUGACUCAGGUCCUCUGACUGAACUAGAACACUGGAAGCGUAUGUCUGCUAAAUUUAAUUUUAUAAUUGAACAGAUCAAAGGACCAAAUUGCAAGAGUGUCAUAAAUACUCUAAAUGUUUCACGCUCCAAACUUAUAAAGCUAUGGCGAGACUUGGAUGCAAGGAUAACAGAUACAGCAAAUGAAUCAAAAGAUAAUGUGAGAUAUUUAUACACACUUGAAAAAGUUUGCCAGCCUCUCUAUAACUAUGAUUUAGUUUCCAUGGCUCAUGGAAUACAAAACUUGAUUAAUGCUAUACGAAUGAUACACAGUGUCUCCCGAUAUUACAAUACUUCUGAACGAAUGACAUCACUGUUUGUAAAGGUUACAAAUCAGAUGGUAACAGCAUGUAAAGCAUACAUUACUGAUGGAGGCUUUAGUCGUGUAUGGGAACAGGAUACCCCAACAGUAAUUAAGAAAAUUCAGGACUGCAUUUUUCUGUUUAAAGAAUAUCAGAAAAGUUUUCACAAAACAAAAAAACAUAUUUUGGAGACUUCAGGGGAGAAGAUAUUUGAAGUAUCAGAGAUGUAUAUUUUUGGAAAAUUUGAAGCUUUUUGUAAAAGACUAGAAAAAAUUACAGAAAUGAUAACCAUAGUUCAAACCUUUUCUGCACUAAGUAUGUCUACCAUUGAAGGAAUAGAUAUUAUGGCAAUUAAGUUCAAAAAUAUUUACCAAAGUGUUCAAAAGAAAAAAUAUGAUAUUCUAGAUCCAAGGAAAACCGAAUUUGAUGUAGAUUUUGCUGAUUUCAUGACAAAAAUAGAAGGUUUAGAAGUUCAGAUACAGUCAUUUAUGAGAACUUGUUUUGGAAGACUCUUGUCUUCACAACUUUCUGUCCAACUGCUUCAAAGGUUUCAGAAGCUGAACAUGCCCUGUCUCCAAAACGAAAUAGAGCGUACUAUUGGAUGUAUUCUUCAGCAUUAUGUUGCCGAACUUGAAGCCACUAAAAAGCUUUAUCAGGCUCAAAAAGAAGACCCUCCUCUGGCUCGUAAUAUGCCCCCAGUAGCUGGGAAGAUAUUAUGGGUGAGGCAGCUCUUCAGGCGCAUAAAUGAGCCGAUCGACUAUUUUUAUAAAAAUUCAGAUAUCUUGGCAAGUCCAGAAGGUAAAGCAGUUGUUCGAUUGUACAAUAAAAUUUCCUAUGUGCUGGUGGAAUUUGAAGUACUCUAUCACACAGCUUGGACGAAGGAAAUUUCACAGCUACAAUAUGCUUUGCAAGUGACACUUUUGGUACGUCAUCCUGAAACUGGAAAGCUACUGGUUAAUUUUGACCCCAAAAUCUUAGAGAUUGUCCGAGAAACAAAAUGCAUGAUAAAGAUGGGACUUGAUGUACCAGAACAGGCAAAGAGGAUAGUUAAAAUUGAAAAUGAGGUUAAGACAAAUAAAUUACGUUUGGAGAGUAUUCUAGCAUGUUAUGAAAAUUUGUGCCAGGAAGUGCCAACUGUGUUUGUAAAUUUGAUGGCACCAAAAAUGAAGAAGGUGGAGUCUGUGUUGAGACAAGGACUUACUAUUUUAACAUGGUCAUCUUUGACUUUAGAUAGCUUCUUUCAAGAAGUUGAUGAAGUCAUAAAAAUGUUUAAUCAGCUUUUGAAAAAGAUUAAUGACUUGUGUGAAAUGCAGAUUGAUUUAACACUGAAAGAUAUAUCCAAUACUCUUCUGCUUGUACUACCAGACACUGCUACAAAAGUGGAGGAUUUAUUGGCACGCAAUGAGACAAAUAGCAAAGAAUGGGCUGAAAUAUUAAACAACAGAAGCAGACACGUAGAAGAUGCUGUACAGGAGCUGAUAUCUAUUUUUGAGCAAAUUUAUGAAGUUAAGCGUGUUAAAAAGCCGCCUGUCAAAAAAUUUCCAACUCAAGCAGAAGGGAAGCAUGUGGCAUUUGGAAGUGAAAAAAUGGAGAAAAGUUCCUCGGGGAGUUCCGUUGUUUCUAGUGAAGAAGCUGAGGACAGUGAAAAGGAAGAUGAGUUUAAAAAGGAAUGCAAAGAGGUUGUUGCAUAUUUUAGUCAUCAGCUGUUGGAUAGCCUGCAGAAAGCCACUCGGUUGUCUUUGGAUGCUCUUAAAAGAAGAAUAUUUGUUGCAAGCGCAUUUGGACGGCCAUCUUAUUUGUCUCAGGCUCCUGUUAAACAGGAAGAUGUUGUUUCAUUUCUAAAAGCUGAAGUGCAUUUAGCUAUUCCAAACGUGAUAAUGGUGCCAAGUUUAGAUGAUAUCCAGCAGUCCAUCAAUCGAAUGAUACAAUUGACCCUGGAUGUAAGCCGUGGUGUGGCACAUUGGGGACAGCAACACCUGCGGAAAUCUAAUACAGUACUGGAAGGCAACUUACCUUUAUCACCUAGCCAGAUGGGAGGAAAAGCAGCCAAAAAAGAUGAAAAGACAGUAGAAGAGAAGUUUCCAGUAAGAAAGUUGAGAAAUUUUUAUCCAGGUGUUGCAGAACACAAAGAUAUUUCCAAAUUAGUUGUGCUUCUGUCCUCAUCGGUAAACUCUGUACGGAAAGCAGCUAGUGAGGCCCUACUUGACUUUCAGAAAUAUAAAGCUCUGUGGACAGAAGACAGAGAUGCUAAAGUUCAGCAAUUUUUGACCAGUAAUCCCUCUCUGACUGAGAUCAGAUCAGAAAUUCUUCAUUAUGCUACCUUUGAACAAGAGAUAGAAGAUUUAAAACCUUCAAUUUCUGUUGGCCCCAUUGAACUGAACACAGGACCAAUGAAACUGGCUCUCUCAAUUGAAGCCAAAGCAUGGAAAAUGUUACUCUGUCGCUAUUUAAAUGAAGAAUACAAGAAGAAAAUGCAAGACAUGAUAACCUUCACAACAGAAUAUUUGAAAAAGCUAUCUCGACCUAUUCGAGAUUUGGAUGAUGUCAGAUUUGCUAUGGAAGCUCUAGCUAACAUACGUGACAAGGAAAUAGAAAUGGAUAUGACCCUGGGGCCUAUUGAAGAAGCCUAUUCAAUUUUAAAUAGAUUCGAAGUUGAAGUGACAAAGGAGGAAUCAGAAGGAGUUGAUACACUGCGGUAUUCUUUUAACAAGUUACAAAACAAAGCAUCGAAUGUUCAAGAUGAGUUGAUUCAGGUGCAGCCCAAGUUUAAGGCUCAACUAUUGGACGCUGUUGAGGUUUUCCGUGAGGAUGUAUCGGGCUAUGAAGUUGCAUAUGAGAUGGAAGGACCUAUGGUUCCAAAUACACCACCUCAAGAAGCUAGCAAUAGAUUACAAAUAUUCCAGGCCAAUUUUGAUGAGCUCUGGAGGAAAUUUGUUACUUAUUCAUCUGGUGAGCAGCUCUUUGGAUUGCCUGUCACAGACUAUGAGGUUUUACAUAAAAUCAGAAAGGAGCUAAGUUUGCUUCAAAAACUGUAUGGAUUGUAUGACACUGUGAUGAAUAAUAUUAGUGGGUAUUACGAAAUUCUCUGGGGAGAUGUAGACAUUGAAAAAAUUAAUGCUGAACUUCUGGAGUUUCAGAACAGGUGCCGCAAACUACCCAAAGGACUUAAAGACUGGCAGGCGUUUUUAGAUCUGAAAAAAAGAAUAGAUGAUUUCAGUGAAUCGUGCCCACUGUUAGAAAUGAUGACCAACAAAGCAAUGAAACUGAGACACUGGAACCGCAUUUCUGAAACAACUGGGCAUCCAUUUGAUGUAGAAUCUGAUUCCUUUUGCCUUCGGAAUAUCAUGGAAGCACCACUUCUCAAGCACAAGGAUGAUAUCGAGGACAUUUGCAUAUCUGCUAUAAAAGAAAAAGAUAUUGAAGCUAAACUGGCUCAGGUGGUUGACAGUUGGGCAAAUCAGACCCUGAGUUUUUCAGCAUUCAAGGGAAGAGGAGAGUUGCUCCUCAAGGGAACUGAAUCUGCUGAAAUUAUUACACUGAUGGAAGACAGUUUAAUGGUCCUGGGCUCUUUACUUAGUAACAGAUAUAAUACACCAUUUAAAAAGGAUAUUCAGAACUGGGUGUACAAACUCAGCACCUCCAGUGAUAUAAUUGAAGAAUGGUUGAUUGUACAAAACCUUUGGGUUUACCUUGAAGCUGUUUUUGUAGGAGGAGAUAUUGCCAAGCAGCUACCCCAGGAAGCAAAACGUUUUCAAAACAUUGAUAAAUCAUGGAUAAAAAUAAUGCAACGAGCUCAUGAAAACCCAAACGUUGUUAAUUGUUGUGUUGGAGAUGAGACCAUGGGCCAACUUUUGCCGCAUUUGCAUGAGCAGCUGGAAGUGUGCCAGAAGUCACUUACAGGGUAUUUGGAAAAGAAAAGACUGCUGUUUCCCAGAUUCUUUUUUAUCUCUGACCCUGCUCUUCUAGAAAUACUUGGACAAGCUAGUGAUUCACACACUAUUCAGCCACACCUGCCUGGUUUAUCAGACAACAUAAACGAAGUGGAAUUUCAUCCCAAGGAUUAUGAUCGCAUAACUGCAGUCAUAUCAAGAGAAGGAGAAAAAAUUCCUUUGGACACCGCAGUGAAUGCAAAAGGACCUGUAGAACUCUGGCUGAUGGAUCUAUUGAAAAUGCAACAGUCUUCAUUGCACUGUGUAAUUCGAGCAGCAUUUUAUCAGAUUAGUGACCCAGGGUAUCAGCUGCUGAACUUCCUUUACCAUUUUCCAGCACAGGUAGGGUUGCUGGGAAUUCAGAUGCUAUGGACGCAUGAUUCAGAAGAAGCCUUAACCAAUGCAAAAGAUGAUAGAAAAGUCAUGUCCGUAACCAAUCAGAAAUUUCUGGAUAUUCUAAAUACUCUUAUUGGACAGACUACUCAUGAUCUUUCCAAGUUUGACAGAGUGAAAUUUGAAACCCUUAUUACCAUUCAUGUGCAUCAGCGUGAUAUAUUUGAUGACUUGGUUAAAAUGCAUAUCAAAUCAGUGACUGACUUUGAAUGGUUAAAGCAGAGCAGGUUUUAUUUUAAGGAAGAUCUGGAUCAAACGUUGGUAUCUAUUACUGACGUGGAUUUUGUUUACCAAAAUGAAUUUCUGGGAUGUACAGAUCGUUUGGUCAUAACACCUUUAACAGACAGAUGCUACAUUACCUUGGCUCAGGCUCUAGGAAUGAACAUGGGAGGAGCUCCAGCAGGACCUGCUGGGACUGGUAAAACAGAAACUACAAAAGACAUGGGAAAGGCUUUGGGGAAGUAUGUAGUAGUAUUUAACUGCUCAGAUCAAAUGGAUUUCAGAGGACUGGGCCGGAUUUUCAAAGGUCUUGCACAGUCUGGUUCCUGGGGAUGCUUUGAUGAAUUUAACAGAAUUGAAUUACCCGUGUUGUCAGUAGCAGCUCAGCAAAUUUAUAUAAUUUUGACAGCAAGGAAAGAAAGGAAGAAACAGUUCAUAUUUUCUGAUGGAGAUGUUGUAGAUUUAAACCCAGAGUUUGGAAUUUUUCUGACAAUGAAUCCUGGCUAUGCUGGACGCCAGGAACUGCCAGAAAAUCUGAAAAUUCAAUUUAGAACCGUUGCUAUGAUGGUUCCGGACAGACAGAUAAUCAUGAGAGUGAAACUUGCAAGCUGUGGCUUUAUUGAAAACGUUAUAUUGGCUCAGAAAUUCUUUGUUCUUUAUAAGCUUUGUGAAGAGCAGCUUACUAAGCAGGUUCAUUAUGACUUUGGCUUGAGAAAUAUCCUUUCAGUGUUGAGAACUCUUGGAUCUCAGAAAAGAGCCAGACCAGAUGACAGUGAAUUGAGUACAGUCAUGAGAGGACUAAGGGAUAUGAAUCUGUCGAAACUUGUAGAUGAAGAUGAACCCCUAUUUCUUAGUCUUAUCAAUGACCUCUUUCCUGGGUUAGUGCUGGACAGCAAUACAUACGUUGAACUUCAAGCAGCUGUUGCAAAUCAGGUUGAAGAGGCUGGAUUGAUUAAUCACCCACCUUGGAAUCUUAAGCUUGUACAGUUGUAUGAAACUUCCAAAGUGCGCCAUGGGUUGAUGACCCUCGGGCCCAGUGGCUCUGGAAAAACGAUUGUUAUAACUAUACUGAUGAGAGCCAUGACGGAAUGUGGAUAUCCUCACAGAGAAAUGCGUAUGAACCCUAAAGCUAUUACCGCCCCUCAGAUGUUUGGCAAACUGGAUACAGCGACUAAUGAUUGGACAGAUGGAAUCUUUUCCACACUGUGGAGAAAAACUCUAAAAGCUAAAAAAGGAGAGAAUAUUUUCCUAGUUCUAGAUGGCCCUGUAGAUGCCAUUUGGAUUGAAAAUCUGAAUUCAGUGCUGGACGAUAAUAAGACCCUCACUUUAGCAAAUGGUGAUCGGAUUCCCAUGUCUCCUACUUGCAAGCUGCUGUUUGAAGUUCAUAACAUUGAAAAUGCUUCUCCUGCUACAGUUUCUAGAAUGGGUAUGGUAUAUAUCAGUUCUUCUGCCUUGAGCUGGAGGCCAAUAUUGCAGGGUUGGCUAAAGACACGCACUCCACAAGAAGCUGAUGUGCUGUUGGGCUUGUAUGAUAAAGUGUUUGAAGCAGCGUAUACAUACAUGAAAGUAAACCUUACCCCAAAAAUGGAGCUCCUGGAAUGUAACUACAUUAUGCAGUCCAUUAACCUUUUGGAAGGUUUGAUACCUUCAAAGGAAGAAGGAGGUAUAUCAUGUUUGGGACAUCUUCAUAAGCUGUUCGUGUUUGGCCUGAUGUGGAGUUUAGGCUCCCUUCUUGAACUGGAAAGCAGGGAUAAGUUGGAAGCCUUUUUGAGAAGUCACGAAAGCAAAAUUGAUUUGCCGCGUAUUCCUAAAGACACCAUACAAACAAUGUAUGAGUUUUAUGUCAGUGAUUGUGGAGACUGGGAGCACUGGAAUAAAAAAGUUCAGGAAUAUAUUUAUCCAACAGACAGUAUUCCUGAGUAUUCAUCUAUUCUGGUUCCAAAUGUUGAUAAUGUUAGGACACAGUUUUUAAUGGAUACCAUAGCAAAACAACACAAAGCAGUGUUGCUCAUUGGUGAACAAGGAACUGCAAAAACUGUAAUGAUUAAAGGCUAUUUAAAAAAAUAUGAUCCUGAAGAACAUUUAUCAAAAAGUUUAAAUUUUUCCUCAGCAACAGAACCUGGCAUGUUUCAGAGGACGAUAGAAAGUUAUGUGGACAAACGGAUGGGCAGUACGUAUGGACCUCCGGGUGGCAGAAAAAUGACUAUAUUCAUUGAUGAUAUUAACAUGCCAAUUAUUAAUGAAUGGGGAGAUCAGGUGACAAAUGAAAUAGUGCGUCAAAUGAUGGAAAUGGAAGGAAUGUACAGCUUGGAUAAACCUGGAGAUUUUACUACGAUUGUUGAUGUGCAGUUAAUAGCUGCAAUGAUUCACCCAGGAGGAGGCCGAAAUGAUAUCCCACAGCGGUUAAAGAGGCAAUUUACUGUGUUUAACUGCACGCUGCCAUCGAAUGCAUCCAUAGACAAAAUAUUUGGUAUAAUUGGCUGUGGAUACUUUCAUGCAUGUAGAUCUUUUAAACCAGAAAUAUGCGAUAUGAUCAUUAAAUUAGUAUCAGCAGGCAGAAUAUUAUGGCAAUGGACUAAGGUGAAGAUGCUUCCCACACCAUCCAAAUUCCAUUACAUCUUCAAUCUUCGAGACCUUUCCAGAAUUUGGCAAGGAAUGUUAACUGUAAAAGCAGAUGAAUGUGCUAGUGUUGAUACUCUUCUGGCACUAUUUAAACAUGAAUGCACUAGAGUAAUUGCUGACAGAUUUGUGUGUGAAGAUGAUGAAAUUUGGUUUGACAGAAACUUUACUAAGGCAAUUGUUGAGCAUGUUGAUUCAGAAUUAGUAUCAGUUAUCCAAGCAGAGCCAUAUUUUGUAGAUUUUCUGCGAGAUAUGCCUGAACCAACUGGUGAAGAACCUGAAGAUUUUGUGUUUGAAGCUCCCAAAGUUUAUGAAUUGAUUCCAAGCUUUGAAUUUUUAUGUGAAAAAUUGCAGUUUUACCAGAAACAAUACAAUGAAGCUGUUAGAGGAGCAUUCCUUGAUUUGGUGUUUUUCAAAGAUGCAAUAACACAUCUUGUUAAGAUUUCACGAAUAAUUCGGACAGCAUGUGGAAAUGCUUUACUUGUAGGAGUUGGUGGGUCUGGAAAACAGAGUCUUUCAAGGCUGGCCUCUUUUAUAGCUGGAUACAAAAUAUUUCAAAUAACUUUAACUAGAUCUUACAAUGUGAUCAAUCUCACAGAUGAUCUGAAGCUUUUAUAUAGAGUCGCUGGUGGAGAAGGAAAAGGAAUCACAUUCAUUUUCACAGAUAAUGAAAUAAAAGACGAGGCAUUUCUUGAAUAUCUUAACAACCUGCUUUCUUCUGGAGAGAUCUCCAAUUUAUUUCCUCGAGAUGAACUGGAUGAAAUAACUCAAGCAUUGAUAUCUGUAAUGAAAAAAGAGUUACCACGAGUUCCACCAACCUUUGAUAAUCUAUAUGAAUAUUUUAUCUCACGGUCCAGGAAAAAUCUUCAUGUUGUCCUCUGCUUUUCUCCAGUUGGUGAGAAAUUUCGCGCACGGUCUUUGAAAUUUCCUGGUCUUAUAUCAGGCUGCACCAUGGAUUGGUUCACUCAGUGGCCCAAGGAAGCCCUCGUUGCUGUUUCCCAGUAUUUCCUGUCAGAAUUUAACAUUGUCUGUUCCGCUGAAGUUAAAGCACAAGUAGUAGAAACCAUGGGCAUCUUUCAUGACCUAGUUUCAGAAAGCUGUGAAAAUUAUUUCCAAAGAUACCGACGAAGAGCGCACGUCACACCCAAGUCAUAUCUCUCUUUUAUUAAUGGCUACAAGGAAGUGUAUGCUGAAAAGUUAUUCAGCAUUAAUGAGCAAGCCGAGCGUAUGCACAUCGGUCUUUCUAAGCUGAUGGAGGCAAGUGAAUCUGUUGCUAAACUCUCUCAGGAGCUGGCAGUGAAAGAGAAGGAAUUGGCUUUGGCUUCCGUAAAAGCAGACAAAGUGUUGGCAGAAGUAACAGUAAGUGCUGAGGCUUCAGCUAAAGUGAAAAAUGAAGUCCAAGGCGUAAAAGACAAAGCACAAAAGAUUGUUGAUGAAAUUGAUACUGAGAAAGUGGUAGCGGAGGCAAAGCUAGAGGCAGCUAGACCAGCAUUAGAGGAAGCAGAAGCUGCUUUGAAUACUAUCAAACCAGCAGAUAUUUCAACAGUUCGAAAACUUGCCAAGCCACCUCAUCUGAUCAUGAGGAUCAUGGAUUGCUGCCUGUUGUUGUUCCAAAAGAAAAUAGACCAGGUUACCAUGGACCCAGAAAAGCCUUGCUUGAAACCAUCGUGGGGCGAGUCCUUGAAACUAAUGAGUGGGCCAUUUCUGCAGAGUCUCCAGCAGUUUGCGAAAGAUUCGAUCAAUGAAGAGAUGGUGGAAUUACUGCAGCCUUAUUUUCAAAUGGAGGAUUAUACUUUUGAGAAUGGUAAAAAGGUCUGUGGUAAUGUGGCAGGCCUCCUUUCUUGGACGCAAGCUAUGGCAACAUUCUACGGCAUAAACAGAGAAGUGCUGCCUCUUAAGACCAACUUGGCAAAACAAGAAGGACGUUUGAAAAUAGCAAAUGCAGAAUUAGGAAAGGCUCAGGAAUUAUUAGAUGAAAAACAAGCCGAACUGGAUAAAGUGCAAGCAAAAUUUGAUGCAGCUAUGAAGGAGAAGAUGGACCUUUUGAAUGAUGCAGAAAUGUGCAGAAAAAAGAUGCAGGCAGCCUCUACACUUAUAGAUGGCUUGAGUGGAGAGAAAAUUAGAUGGACCCAACAAAGUAAAGAGUUCCGAGCCCAGAUAAACAGACUUGUUGGAGAUGUUUUACUAUGCACAGGUUUCCUGUCAUACUGUGGCCCUUUUAAUCAGAUAUUCAGAAAUCUUUUGCUUAAAGAUUUAUGGGAGGCAGAGAUGAGAGCCCGGAAGAUCCCUUUUACUGAAAACUUGAACAUAAUUUCAAUGUUGGUAGAUCCACCUACGAUUAGUGAGUGGAACCUACAAGGGCUUCCAGGAGAUGAACUCUCAGUUCAAAAUGGCAUUAUUGUCACUAAGGCAACAAGAUACCCUCUGCUCAUUGAUCCACAGACUCAAGGGAAAACGUGGAUUAAACAGAAAGAAAAGGACAAUGAACUACAAGUGACAACACUGAAUCAUAAAUAUUUCCGCGCACAGUUAGAGGACAGCCUUUCACUUGGAAGACCUCUUUUGAUUGAGGAUAUAAGUGAAGAAUUAGAUCCUGCCCUUGAUAAUAUAUUAGAGAAGAACUUCAUUAAAUCAGGAAGCUCUUUCAAGGUGAAAGUUGGGGACAAGGAAGUAGAUGUCAUGAAUACAUUUAAACUUUAUAUUACUACGAAACUGCCCAAUCCUGCCUUCACACCUGAGAUCAAUGCCAAAACAUCAGUCAUUGAUUUUACUGUUACAAUGAAAGGCCUUGAAAAUCAGUUAUUGAAGAGAGUAAUUCUUACAGAGAAACAGGAACUGGAAGCAGAGAGAGUAAAACUCAUGGAAGAUGUAACUUACAAUAAACGGAAGAUGAAAGAACUGGAAGACAACCUCCUUUAUAAAUUAACUGCAACUAAGGGCUCUUUGGUGGAUGAUGAGUCUUUGAUUGGUGUUUUGCGAACGACCAAACAAACUGCUACAGAGGUAUCAGAAAAGCUGGAGGUUGCAGGAGAGACAGAGAAAAAAAUUAACACAGCACAAGAGGAAUACCGUCCUGCUGCUACACGAGGAAGCAUUCUUUAUUUUCUUAUCACAGAAAUGAGCAUGGUCAAUACUAUGUACCAAACUUCACUGGCUCAGUUCCUAAAACUGUUUGAUCAGUCAAUGGCAAGAUCUGAAAAGUCCCCUAUCCCACAGAAAAGAAUCACAAAUAUUAUAGAGUUUUUGACAUAUGAAACAUUUGCAUACUCUGUUAGAGGCUUGUAUGAAAACCACAAAUUUCUCUUUACACUGCUGCUGACAUUAAAAAUUGACCUUCAAAGGGGCCAAGUGAAGUCAAAGGAAUUCCAAUCACUCAUUAAAGGGGGUGCAGCAUUGGAUCUAAAAGCAUGUCCACCAAAACCAUUCCGGUGGAUUCUUGAUAUGACAUGGCUGAAUCUAGUGGAACUGAGCAAACUGCCACAGUUUUCUGAAAUCAUGAACCAGAUCUGUCGUAAUGAGAAGGGAUGGAAAAGUUGGUUCGAUAAAGAUGCUCCAGAGGAAGAAGUUAUUCCUGAUGGAUAUAAUGACUCUUUAGAUACUUGUCGUAAACUUUUGCUUAUCAGGUCUUGGUGUCCAGAUCGCACACUUUCUCAAGCUAGGAAAUACAUCGCAGAUUCAUUGAGUGAGAAAUAUACAGAGCCAGUCAUUUUAAAUUUAGAAAAAACUUGGGAGGAAAGUGAUAGACGAACACCGCUCAUCUGCUUUUUAUCAAUGGGAUCUGACCCAACUAUCCAGAUUGAUGCCUUGGCCAGGAAACUUAAACUGGAAAACAGAGCUAUCUCUAUGGGUCAGGGACAAGAAGUUCAUGCACGCAAACUAAUACAGAUGUCGAUGGUGCAGGGUGGCUGGGUGCUGCUACAGAACUGCCAUCUAGGUCUAGAGUUCAUGGAAGAGCUUUUGGAAACAAUGCUGACUGCCGAUAUUCCUGAUGACAGCUUCCGCGUUUGGAUAACCACUGAACCACACAUUAAGUUUCCAAUUACUUUGCUGCAGACUUCAAUAAAAUUCACAAAUGAGCCGCCACAGGGUGUCCGCGCAGGUCUGAAAAGAACAUUUUCUGGUAUUAACCAAGAUUUGCUUGAUAUCAGCAACAUGCCUAUGUGGAAGCCCCUUCUUUACACUGUAGCUUUCCUGCACUCCACUGUUCAGGAAAGGCGCAAAUUUGGUCCUUUGGGCUGGAAUAUUCCCUAUGAAUUCAACUCAGCAGACUUCACAGCAAGUGUUCAAUUUAUACAGAAUCACUUGGAUGAAUGUGACAUUAAGAAAGGAAUAUCUUGGAGUACCGUCCGAUACAUGAUUGGAGAGGUGCAGUAUGGAGGCAGGGUCACAGAUGACUAUGAUAAGCGUCUCCUUAAUUGCUUUGCAAGAGUCUGGUUCAGUGAAAAAAUGUUUGAGAACACAUUCUGUUUUUACACUGGAUACAAAAUUCCAGUAUGUAAAACUCUGGAUCAAUAUCAUGAGUAUAUUUCAACGCUUCCUAGCAUGGAUAGUCCAGAAGUCUUUGGUCUUCAUCCAAAUGCAGAUAUAACGUAUCAGAGUAACACAGCAGCUGAUGUUCUGAACACCAUAACAAAUAUUCAGCCAAAAGAAAGUGGAGGUGGAGUAGGAGAAACUCGAGAAGCCAUUGUCUAUCGAUUAGCUGAAGAUAUGCUUGAGAAACUUCCUCCUGAUUAUGUACCCCAUGAGGUUAAAGCUCGCUUAAUUAAAAUGGGACAUCUCAGUUCUAUGAAUAUUUUUCUUCGCCAAGAAAUUGACCGAAUGCAAAAAGUUAUCAAAAUAGUUCGGAAUAGUCUCAGUGAUCUUAAAUUAGCCAUUGAAGGAACUAUUAUUAUGAGUGAGAACUUAAGAGAUGCACUUGAUAACAUGUAUGAUGCUCGAAUUCCUCAACUUUGGAAGCGUGUGUCUUGGGAUUCCUCCACACUUGGAUUCUGGUUUACUGAACUAUUGGAGAGAAACAACCAGUUUCGAACCUGGAUUUUUGAAGGCAGGCCACAUGUAUUUUGGAUGACUGGAUUUUUUAAUCCUCAAGGUUUUCUCACAGCUAUGAGGCAAGAAGUGACUCGAGCACACAAAGGGUGGGCUUUGGAUACAGUCACAAUUCAUAAUGAAGUGCUGAAACAAAUCAGAGAAGAGAUCACAGCAGGCCCUGCGGAAGGUGUAUAUAUUUAUGGAUUGUACUUGGAUGGAGCUGGGUGGGACAGACGAAAUAAUAAACUCACUGAAUCUACAGCAAAGAUUCUUUUUACGGUACUCCCGGUUGUGCAUAUAUUUGCAAUUAAUACGACUGGCCCAAGAGAUCCCAAACUCUAUGUUUGCCCAAUUUACAAGAAGCCAAGGAGAACCGAUUUGACCUACAUCACUGCAAUAUACCUAAGGACAACUGUGUCUCCAGAUCAUUGGAUACUGAGAGGAGUGGCCCUCCUGUGUGACGUCAAAUAAAUCCUCAUCCUUAGAUGACUAUAAAACUCUUUAAAAUAUGAGAUAUUGAUAAAAAUAUAUGUUUGACUUGUUUCCUUUUAUUAGUUAGC